AUGACCUUCAGCCAGUCCAGCAGUGUCACUCCUGCCCCGCUAGACUCCGCUUGGCCGCCGGCCCACAUUUGGGAAACCAUGGGUGCGGCAGACCCGGAGACCGAUCUCCGCCGCAGAAGGCCUCGAGUGGACCUGCAAGAUGACGAUAAUCUCGAAGAAAAUCGUGAGCCACCCCCUGAGGUCAAACCACUCAUCGACAUAUUUCCGGGUGUCUCCGCCGCCCUUCUUACUCGCGUCUUCGAGAGGAAGUUGAAGGCGACUGAACUUAUACGCUUCAAAGAGAAGUCAGUCACCGAGCUAGAUCAGGAGGACAGAGUCUUCAAGAUGACUGAGUCGGGAGGCACAGUGGGCUUCAGAAAGGCAGCAGCAUCGCUUAAGGAUUGGGGCCCUAACCCUCAAAUAUGGACGACCUGCUUUCUUGCCUAUCUGGCCGUUGUGGGAUAUCUCUUCGGCGAGAAACAUCCUAAGGCAGUUCCUAACCUACUCAUGUUUAUGAGGCAGAUCCUGGACUUUGCUCAGACUUAUCAGUGGUCGGAAGCAGUGCUCCCACUUGCCCUUAAUUUCCACCAAUACAUACUGGAUAAAGGAGAGCUAUCGACGGACAACUACCUAGUCACAGGCCCAUUCCGCGAGAAAUACCUCCGCCACAAUCUCACUCUACCUGCGAAGUCACCAAAAAACCCUCCAACACGGCCUCGUCAAGCCAGGAAUACCAGAUCUUCGAACAAUGAGACUGAGGUCUGCGAUAAGUUCAAUACGACAGGGUGCUCCUGGGAAGGCUGCAAGAGACGUCAUGAAUGCACGGCAUGUGGCCUAAGCGAGCAUGGCGCCUCCUCCUGCCGCAAGAAGAAGUAG